AUGCCGGCCUACAACUCCGUUUUCAACGCCUCUGAACCGGCCCCCCGGCUGGUAGGCAACUUCCCACUCUUCCCCAUCCGCACGAAAAUCCGUGGCCCCGUAUACCCGCUACCCUUCCCGGACCCCCCGCUGCCUGCGAACGAGUCACCCGACCCGGAAUCGGAGAGCUACGACAUCCUAGACGAGGUGCUCGCUCUGUUCCGCGCCAACACCUUCUUCCGCAACUUUGAGAUCCAAGGCCCCGCCGACCGGCUGCUGGUGUAUGGGAUCUGGUUCGUGUCGGACUGCCUGACCAAGAUCAAGCCAAACGCGACUUUACGGGAUGCUACCAAGGAGGUGACGAACCUGGCGCUGGAUCUCCACUUUGCGCUGCCGGGUGACCCAGCAUGGCCCCUAAACCAGAUGUACGAGCCUCCCCGGGACAGGCAAGACGGAGAGAUACUCAGGCAAUACAUGUCGCAGGUCAGGCAAGAGCUCGCGGCGAGGUUACUGGCGAGGGUAUACGACGAAGGCGAUGCCAAACCGAGCAAGUGGUGGCUGAGCUUUACCAAGAGGAAGUUUAUGGGCAAGGGGCUGUGA